AGAGUUGAUUAUUACUUUGCUCCUCCAACGCCAAUAGUGAAUCAGUCCAGCUCCAACUAAAUUACAGAAUCGCAGAACCUUAACUUGGAAACCUUUUCAAGCCAAACUAAGAUGUCGAACCAGAUUGCAGCUGAUGGCCAAACUGAGAUCACCCACAUGGAUGCUGAUUUGUACGAGGCUUUGUAUGAAAGUGAUAUCAGAAUCCUCGAGAGAAAGUACUCAGAAGCUCAUCUUCAACUCCAACAAACCCCAAAAAGGAACACUGUCCUCCACAUUGCAGCCCAGUUCGGUCAGCUGGCAUCCGUAGAGUGGAUCCUUCACUUUCAUUCAUGUUCACCUCUACUGCAGCAGCCCAAUCGGAAAGGCGACACUCCACUUCACCUUGCUGCGAGAGAAGGCCAUGGGGCAAUUGUGAAAGCUCUCCUUGACGCCGCAAAAACACUUCACCAAGAGAUCGAAAGUGGGGUUGGAACAGACAAGGCGAUGUUGAGGAUGACCAAUAAGGAGAAAGACACAGCCUUGCAUGAGGCGGUGCGGUAUCAUCAUUCAGAGAUAGUGGUGUCAUUGAUUGAGGAAGACCCUGAGUUUAUCUACGGUGCAAAUAUUACAGGCUACACUCCUCUUUACAUGGCUGCCGAGAGAGGAUAUGGAGACUUGGUGUGUAUAAUUAUAGACAAAACUCGCGCUUCACCAUCUCACAGUGGCAUAAUGGGUAGAACGGCUUUGCAUGCUGCUGUAAUUCGUGAGGACCAAGACAUGAUAGCGAAGUUAUUGGAAUGGAAGCCAGAUCUAACAAAAGAAGUUGAUGAACAUGGGUGGUCUCCCCUUCACUGUGCUGCAUACUUGGGUUAUACUAAAAUUGCGGAGCAAUUACUAGACAAAUCAUCAGAUAAGUCUGUAACUUACCUUGCAAUCAAAGAUACCAAGAAAACAGCACUACACUUUGCAGCUAACCGCCACCAUAGAGAGACAGUAAAGCUUCUGCUCUCACACUCUCCAGAUUGUUGCGAGCAGGUUGAUGAUCAGGGAAAUAAUUUUCUUCACUUUGCCGCAAUGAGCAAACGGCCUUUUGCUAUUGAUGAUUUGUUCCCGGAUGACAAUAAGUUAAGAGUGAGAGGACUUGUAAAUGAGAAGGAUGACGAAGGAGACACACCCCUCCACCUGCUUUCUUCUUGCCAAUGUUAUAAUCCAGUUUUCUCAAUGGACAAUGCAGUGGAUAAAAUGGCACUCAACGACGAUAAGUUAACUGCCCUAGACAUUCUUUCAAGGGCUAACAUUAAGUCGGGACAAAUGUUCGGGGGGAAACUAAAAAAACAAAUGAAGGAAUGGGAGAAAGUUGUUGUCGGACCCUUCAGUUGGCAAGAGGCCAUCAAUAAAGACAAUGGUAGUAGUAGUAAAAACAAAGACGUCAGAGAAGACGAAAGCAUGGCUUUCACAGAGAGACUAGGUGAAACCCAUUUGAUAGUGGCAACACUUGUAGCAACUGUAUCCUGUGCAGCGGGUUUCACCUUGCCCGGUGGUUACAAUGACAGUGAUGGCAUGGCAAAAUUAACAAAGCAAGUAGCUUUUAAAGCAUUUAUUGUGACGGACACAUUAGCCAUGAUGCUCUCUGUAUCUGCUGUGUUCGUUUAUUUUGUUAUGUCGUUGCAUAAGGACGAGGACAUCCUUGCAAAACAAUUAGUCCUGGGCACUUGUCUCACUAUGUCUAGUGUGGUACUAAUGGUGGUUGCAUUCGUGAUGGGCCUAUCCGCUGUGUUACCAUUUUCCUCAGGGCUUCUACUCGUUGUUUGUACCUCCGGGUACUUGUUUCUCAUUAUUGUUGCCUUUACCUUAACUUGUCCAUUUAGAAUACGUUUGAAAAGGAAGAUAAAAACAGUUCUCAAAAUUACCAUCAAAUGA